AUGGCUCUUGAUCGCCUUGUCAGUCUCAUUCUCAGAUCGGCCGAACUUGUCUUCGCCGCCAUCGUCGCUGGUGUUACUGGAGAUUACCUGCACAAGUCCCACGCCAGUGCGUGGGACCAAGGAAGAUUCAUUUACACCGUAGUCGUCGCAGGCAUAUCUAUAUUCCUGGCAUUGAUAUGGCUAUUCCCAUUCUCUAGCACCUUCACCCACUGGCCGGUGGACAUCUUCAUCAGCAUUCUUUGGUGGGUUGCCUUUGGCUUGCUGGCCAAUCUGCUGGGAUCUUCCUGCGGUGCUUGGUUCAACUGGGACAACGUCUCGCCCCGGGGCGACCAGUGCGGCAGAUUCAAAGCCAACCUUGCCUUUUCGUUCCUUUCUGCCAUCCUCUGGCUCGCGUCUGCCCUUAUUGGCAUCUUCUGGAUGCGAAAGCAGGAACGCCGUGCUCGCGCCGAGACGGCUCCUCACCGACGCCGUUGGUAUCGCCGCAGCCACGUCUAG